AUGCAGUACUCCGUCAUAAAGCAAGCUCUCGAAGGAGUCAAGCAACCGAUGAUUCUAGACCUCAUCGCCGGCACAAAGAAAUGGACGCUAACCUUCCCCCCGGGCACCGACCCUAAGGUCAGCGCUGGCCUUUCCUUCUCGUACCUGGGCGCAGGGACAAAUAAGAUGGUGUUCCGCGUCUCUCAGAACACCCAGCCCACCAAUUGGGUCCUCGGCACACAGCACAACCCCAGGUCGUCCACAGGGGCGAAGGACAUCAAGGACGAGAUUUCCAUCCUCAAUCGCCUAGCCCAUGACGGCGUCUCAGUCCCUCAGCCCUUCAGUGCCACUACUAAAGAGAGCGACGUUUUAAUCAAUUAUGAGCUUGAAAACUAUGAGAGUGGCGACGCCGGUAAGGUGUACGGCUUCCCGGAGGAGUAUUUCGAUUUGCGCACCGCUCAGAACCCUGCCGGUCGCUACCUGGAGAUGAACAAGAACGCAGGUGAUCUGAAGAACUGGCUUAAAGCGAAAGUUUUGGAUACCUUCCACCCUAAUAAGACCCAGUUCCAGCACCUGCGCACCUCGUUUGACAAGAUGAAGGCCUCGUGGGAUAAAAAGUAUUGGGGCGAUUUCCAGGUCAUCUAUGAUAUUACUGAUGGCGGCCUUAUUGUCUUUGAUCCGAACAAUGAGACCACGAACCACAAGGCCACGGACGAAAUCCUGCGUCAAUGGCAGGAUGAUCUCAACCAUUAUACGCCUUCUCAGAUCGACGCCAUUCCUAACUAA